AAGUUUACUGGCCCCCAAAAAUGUCGUUCAUUUUCUUUCAUGGUGAUUUUGCUGUGAAAACAAGACAAUACGUGCAACACCUGAGAGUGACACUUUUCGGAUCGUGCGUUUCCAUUUCUAAUGGUGUAACCCAGCCUCUCCCGUAGCAGACGAUGCGCCAUUGUAAACAUAAACAGUGAUGUUGAUGUUGCUGAGCCACUCUCGAGUCGGGCGUCGCUUGGUUGGCCUCGCGUUGUUGCGUUUUAGUACUGAGCCGGGGCGUUUCCUGGAGAAACGCACAAUAUCGUCGUUUAGGAGUUGUUAGCGUGACACCUAGGACGUGUUCUUGUUGCCUCUGAUGUGCGUCCUUCAUCGGCUCCAUAUUGUCGCGGGCUGUAGGGGCAGGAUUUUCGUAGCAACCACGCUCCCAGUAUAGAUUGUAAUGGCUGAGGGUGAUGAAGACAAAGAAGCAGAUGUCGGUAAACCAUCUGCUAAGCGAUCCUUGGAUCAUGUUCCUCUUAAAAUAAUAAUUAAACGGCAUAGACCUAAUAGCAAUGCCACAGUUGAAAAUGUGCCCCCUCUUGCACCACCGAAAAGCAAGGCCACUGUUACAGUUAAAAGUGUGCCGCCAAGUGUACCGUUCCCUGUACCAAGCCAUCCUCCUAAUAGGAUAAUUAAAUCUAAUGGGAUUUUGCCAAAACUGUUACUAUCAAAGUACGCUGGCUUAGCCCAGCUGAUGACAGCAUUUGAGGCAGAAAAGCCAAAAUGUUUACAAGAAGUUUGGCAUUCUGUUCAGAAUCGUCAAUGGGAAGAUGAUGAAGAGGACUCUUCCAAAUCAAACAGAAAAAGAUUGAUGCAGCAGUAUAUUUCAUCUGGUGCCUGUGACUUUGGUGAUGAUUGUGAAAUGCCAUGGCUUCAUCCAGCAAUUGAUGUAAUUUUUUUGGAAAACUUAUCAAAGGAACAACCCUGUGUUUCCCCUAGCAAAGAGGUGGUAGAAGACAAGUCUAUUGAAUCUAGAACUGAAUUCAAAGUAUGUGAAGAAGGAACUGAAGAUAGUGAAGAUGUUAUUGUCUCUGACUGGCGGUUUGGUCCUGCUCAGUUAUGGUAUGAUCGGUUGGAAUCAACUGACUUCAAAAAUUUUACCUAUGGAUUCAAAUUAAAAGAUAAGCCUGAAGACUGUGUUAGUCAAGAUAAGGUUUUCCCUGACGAUGCUUUCCUUAUGGUAAACCAGCUUGAGUGGGAGAAAGACGUCAUUUGGAAUUGUAGUGACAAAACACAAGAGGAUCUGAAACAAAUGAAAUUAAAAUGGGUGAAAGUAGGUGGAAAGUCACAACCCGAUAAAAGUUUCAUAGGUUCCCAUUACACUAUGCAGCACCGAUUACCGGGAUACUUACAAGGUCCAAGAGGCCGUAGUCUUUUCCCAAACAGACCAUUUGUUUUUAAAACUCCUUACUGUAUGCCAAUUCCUACAUCUAAGGAAGGAAAUGAUGACAAUUCCUCAAAGGCCAUUCUUCCAUUUGAAAAUGAGGAUUUGACUUCAGGGUUGUGGGAAAAAGAGGUCAUAUGGGAUGCUGAAAAUAUGCCAGAAAUUCCAAAACCUAGGCUACCAACACUAGACCCAAGUGAUGACAAUCUCAUUCUGGGAGUACCAGAAGAUGUUUUUGAUGCACAUCAAUCAUGGUCUACUCAACAAAGUAGUGUAAUCAAACUGUCUCAUCCACGGAUAAAAAGCUCAAAAAUAGUCAUUGGGAAGACUGGAAUUAGGAUUAUUAGUGAAGAUGAUGAACCACGGUACUCAUUUGAAGACCCCUUUAAUGUGUCAAAUGAUAGCUAUUAUGCCAUCAAAUCUUCCGAUACAUCACUAAGAUUAAAACCCAUAGGAAAAAUCAUUCAACAUUCAACCCCAGCCUUAGAGUUGAGACCGCCUUUCAUACCAACUCACUUUAGUGUUGUACGGCUGCAAAACUUCCACAGGCCCUCAUUGAAAAGAUAUUCUCAUGGUCGUCUUGCAAAUCCUGUUUCUCAUCCAGUAUUCUCAUUGAGCAAAGAGAUCAGCUUGAAAGCUCAGGCUAGAGAAGAAGAAAGACAAGCUUCUGGUGGAGGUGAUGUGUUUUUCAUGCGAGAACCAGAUGAUUUAUCUGGAAGAGAUGGUGACCUUGUACUUGUAGAGUUUAGUGAGGAGCAUCCAUUGAUUAUGAAUGAGUGUGGCAUGUGUUCUAAAGUUAUAAAUUAUUAUAAACGCAAGGCCAGCAAAGAUCAAGGCCCUCCCCCUCAUAAGUAUGGAGAUGUUGUGUACCCCCAUACAUCACCAUUUUUGGGUGUUCUCUCCCAAGGUCAAUGUGUUCAGGCAGUUGAGAACAACCUUUUCCGUUGUCCCAUUUUUGAACAUAAAAUACAAGAAACAGACUUUCUGGUUAUUAGAACUCGACACAGUUUCUCUAUCCGAGAGGUUGAUGCUCUAUUUGUGGCUGGCCAACAGUGUCCCUUAUAUGAAGUGCCUGCACCAAAUUCAAGAUGUGCAACAAAUUUCACAAGAGACUUUCUCCAGCUCCAUAUAUUUAGAAUGUUUCUCAACUGUCCAGACAAACCACAGUGGGUGAAAAUGGAAGAAAUAAAAAGGGCAUUCCCAGAUAUUAAUGAUUUGAAUAUUAGGAAAUGCUUGAAAUUAUGCUCAGAUUUUAAAAGAGUUGACUUUAUGGAUUCUAAUUGCUGGGUCUUAAGACCUGACUUCCGUUUACCCAGUGAGGAAGAAUUGAGAAGUAUGGUGACUCCAGAACAAUGCUGCGCCCAAUUCAGCAUGCUGGCAGCCCUGCAAAGACUCAAGGAUGCUGGUUAUGGAGGCAAUAUGCUUUUCGUGCCACCUGAAGAAGAAGAUGAUGAUGAUGAAGGACUGCAACUAAAAAUAGAUGACGAAGUUAAAGUGGCUCCAUGGAACUUGACAAGAGGAUUCAUUCAGUCAAUGAAUGGCAAAUGCCUAUUGGAUUUGACUGGUAUAGCAGAUCCUACUGGCUGUGGUGAAGGGUUUUCUUAUCUGACGCGAUCCAACAAACCAAAGAAGCAGCUUGUAGUAGAAGAUUCUUCUACUAAUAUUGCACGUGAAAAGCCAUCUGUGACCAAUGCUAAGGUACUUCUGAAAAAGAUGGGUGUUCCUGAUAAAGAGAUUAAAAGACUUUCUCCUUGGGAACUUAUAGAGAUUGCUCGUACAGCUUCAAAGAAAAAAGGUAGAGGACGAGGUAGAGUUGCCAAGGGGCCCAAAGUUAGACCAAUGACUACAGCUGAGCAUGUUGCCAAAUACAAAGAAGAGUGUCAAAGAAUAUUUGACCUUCAAAAUCAAACUUUGCAGUCAAAUGAAGAAUUGUCAUCAGAUGAGGAGGACGUGACUGAUGAUGAUGGAUCUGAUGUAGAGGAAAUGGGCAAAGUUCUAGAAAAACUAAUUUCUAAUGGAAGGAGCUUUUCUGAGCUUCGCACUGAAAAUGAAGAGAAAGAAAGAGAAGACCUCGUUAAAAUGAUGAUGGAUGAAAAUGCCCCAAAGCAGAGCACCAGCAAAGACAAAAAGAAAAAGCAUGAUCUGAAGGAUGCUCAUAGUGGACCACAACCUGAUCGAGUGUUGAAAAUAAAUCGAACAUUCCGGGAUUCCAAUGGGAAAGAAUAUACCCGCGUCGAGUUUGUUAGGAAAAGUUCUGUUAUUGAUAUUUAUCUAAAGAUCCGUGCUACCAAAGAUGAAGCAUUCAUUAGUCAGUUUGCAGCACUAGAAAGUGCGGAAAAACAGAAAAUGUUACGAGAAAAGCGUAAUAUUGAAACUCAGCUUCAGAGGAUUAAACAGCGUGAGCAAAUUCUAGGCCUUAAGCAAGAUUCAAGUAAGGCUAUGUCAGAACCAGGAUCUGUUAUGAAGUCCCAUGAAGACAAUCUAGUUCAAGGAGUGGAAAGCACUUCAAAAGCCUUCAUCAGUCCGCCAAACAAGAAAUCAAUGAACUCGCGUAUUGACCCUAAGCGAAGAUGUAGGGCUUGUGGUAAUCCUGGUCAUAAAAAGGGCAAUAAGGCCUGUCCUCAGUACUUUGGACCUCUAAAUGUGGCAAUGACUGAAGAAGAAGAGGAAGAAUAUCAGAAACAGAUGAAUGUUGACGAUCAGAAUCUCAUAAAUGUUGAUGGCACUAAACUGAAACUUAGUGUGAAGCUCAUUAAGAGAGCUGAGGAAAUGAAAAAGAAAACACUAGUUCUACGAGUUCCAAAAGACCUAGUCCGCAAACGCAAACGGGCUAUGAUUGACCAACAUUGUGACUAUUUAGAAAAAUAUCAAAGGCCUGUUAAUCGCCGACGAGUAGAUCCUUUAAUUCUCCUUUCUAAUGCUUUUGAAGGAAUUUUAAAUGAGAUGAGAGAUUUACCCGAUAGUGAUCCAUUCCAUUUUCCAGUUAAUGCCAAGGUUUUACCACAUUAUUAUACACUUAUUUCACGUCCCAUGGAUCUCCAAACUAUCAGAGAAAACAUAAGACAGAGAAAAUAUAGAAGUAGGAAGGAUUUCUUAGAGGAUGUCCACCAAAUUGUUCAGAACUCCUCAACUUUUAAUGGCCCUGACAGCUCAUUCACCAUCAAUGCGGGUAAAAUGCUCAAUUUGUGUGUUAAGAGGAUGGGCCAGCAGGAGGAGGAACUGAUAAGACUGGAAGAGACAACAAAUCCUGAAGAAGAUGAUGAUAAAGAUCAUAGUACUGUGCCUCAAAAUACUACAUUGUCUGCCCCAUGUGUUUCUGGGGGCAAAGCUAUUGUUGAUCUCUCAAUAAGUGAGUCAGAAGAUGAAACAGAAUUGGAGGCAGGGUAUUUAGAUGGGAGGGCAUGCUCUGUUGUGCCUUAGGUGCUGUGAUGCUGUAAUUCUUCAGGUUACUGAAAAUGAAAAUAUCUGUGAUGUAUGACCUUGACGCUAGUGCGUCAUGUUUUAUGUGAAACUUCUUUGAUGCACAUAGCCUGAUUCAAACCUCUACUUCCUGUGAAGCGUGUUGUACCUGUCUCAUUUCUAUGAUUUCAUUGAACUCAGCUAAACCUCCAAAAAAAUUUUGCUACUGUAUCAGAAAUAGGAUUGAUAAUUUGAAUGUUUAUUGUUGAGGCGGUAUAUUUAAACAUUUUCUAUCUAAUUCUAUUUAUCUUAACUUAACAGGCACACAACCUAUUUUCUUCUUAUAAUUUUGUACUUCCUUCUGUUUUGUGUCUCUUCUUCUCCUGUAAUUAGCAUCACAUAAUCCCCAUCCAAUAUUUUCUGAUUGUUGAUACACCAAACCCUAUAAUUUUUUAGUUGCAUCAGACAAGUCUUUUUUUUCUUUUCUUUUUAGUUUUUAUUUUCUGUUACUAGUAUUUUAUAAAAAAUUACCAAUGUUCUGAAUGCAUUAAGAAAUGAAGUUUCUUACAAUUUGGCAUUCUAGCUUUUGUGAUAACCUUUUAAGUAAUUAUAAACCUUGACUAUAACUAUUUUUAUGUAGUUUGCUCAUUGUUGUUUAUUUUGUGAAGAUAUGAAUACUAGUUAAACCUCCUGUUGUUAUUUGCAUAGAUGUGUGAUUACCAAUGUAAAAGCAUAUGCAAGUUCUCUGUGAGAAAUGUAAGAAAAUUUCAAAUUCCCCAUGGGAAAGUGCAGAUAUAACCAUCUUUAGUUUUGUCUUAAUUAAGGACAGAGCUGUUAUACAAUCCAUGAAAAUACAAAAAAAAAUGAAUCCCAAGGCAAACCUUUAUUUUGCAAGCAGUUAAUUUAGAGUCAAUAAUUUUUGUGACAAUGAUCUAAAGCUCUUGCUUAACAGAAAAUAUUGCACACUUUAGACAUAUCUAACAAAAAUUUUGGUAAUUGCCUCACAAGAUAUUUAAAGUGGCAUAUUUUUCUUCAGGAAGACAAAUUAUGUUGUUGGUAUUCCCAAUUACUGUCUGUUCCCCUUAACUCCAAAAUAGUGUGGCAGUUGUCUGCUGUCCUAAAAGUUGUUAAUUCAUAAAUUUCAUCAAAUAAAAUGCGUAUUUUCUAUAA